AAAGAAAGAAAGAAAGAAAGAAAGGAAAAGAAGAGACAGUGUUACUGGUGCAAGCAGUUUCAUUGUUCUUUGGAGGCUACUGAAUGGGCUACCGUUAAACACACAAAGACACGGCCCUGCACAGACAGGCAGUGGUCCAACACUGCGAGAAUAAUCCCAUCUUCUUUCAGUCAAGAAAGGGAAAGAAGAAGAGAAGAGAAGAGUCUAUUCUGAGGAACGAAUAGGCCAUAAUAACACACGAUCAUUGAUUAUAUCUUUAUUUCCUAUAUCUACCUCAUCAAGAAGUUGCGUCUCCUCAGCUCAUCUCUCGGCCUCAAUUUCAACGGCACCGAGACCAGGGUACAGGGUCUACCACUUCCCGUUCGUUUGCCUGUCAGAGGAAGCAAAGGAAAGCAGAAAGAGAAUCAAGCAAAAAUGACACAAGUCAUCUCUUUGGUUACGCCCUCCCAGGCUAUGACCCCGGCCCACUCACCCAUGGAUUCUGAUGACUACGAUAGGCCCCGAGCCUUUCGUGCACUCCCCGACACUCCAGACUCUCCUAGUCCUCGCACUGCUGGCUUGGGUAGAAAACGUGCCGCUCCCAUCAACCCUUCUGACGCUAGCUAUGGUAGACUUGAGAGACUCAAACUGAGUACGCCCAGCAGUAUGGCAAGCAAUGAAACUACAAGAGAUAUUUGUCUCUGCACUCCGGCGCCCAAGAUUCCACGACCUCGAAAUGCUUUCAUACUGUAUCGCCAACAUCACCAAGCACAAGUUGUCGCUCGGAACCCAAACCUGUCCAAUCCUGACAUAUCCAAGAUUAUUGGAGAACAGUGGAAGGACGAACCUCAAGAAGUCAAAGACAACUGGAAGGCACUGGCAGAUGAGGAAAAGCAACGCCAUCAGCAACAGUAUCCUGACUAUCGCUAUCAGCCAAGACGUGGAAACAAGUCGCAAGGCCUCCGAUCAGGGUCUAUCUCCGCUGAUGACUCUGGAAGAUGCUUAAAGUGCAACCUCCGGUGCAUUGCAACCCCCUCAACCCCUGCUACACCGUUUCCUACCCCAACAGCAAGUGAAGGCAGACCUCCCCCGUACCCAUACACGCCGACCUUGCGUGAUUCAGAAGCAGCUCGUCGUGGAAGUUUUGGCAACCUCGCUAUGAGGCAACAACAGCCUUUAAAGCGGUCUCCUUAUCGAGAAGUGGAGGAAUACGGUCCUGAGUCGCCAGAAAUGAAGAGACGCCGCUACAACACUACUGCCGGCUAUCACCCAAUAUCAUCCCCGGGGCAGGGGGGACGGGUGUUGUCCCUAGGAGCGGCUCCCCAGAGACCGUACCCUGUCACACCUCUGCCCGAGCCGUACUUUACUAGAUCAAAGUCAGGACCGAUGCCUCCCCCACCGCGACCAACAGCGGGAGGACCCUGGCCUGACCAGGAACAUCGAGGCCGGCACCCUUCCUAUGAUGAUGAGUCCCUCAGACUCCCUCCGCUGCAGACUCAAACUUCCAUGUCUCCUACAAAUACGCCAGAGGUCGAUAUUCGACAGCUCCAGACUCCAGUCACGGGUCUUGGAAUAUCGAAUGCUCACGACCCUCAAGCUAGAAGCGUUGAGGCUAUGGUUAUGUCUAUUCCGUUCACCCGAAAGCUAUCUGUGCUCUCUAAGAUAAAUCACACUCCGAUCAGCUCUCUAGGUUCUGGAACCUUAUCUCUCGAGAAAGUCGAGAACAGGGGGGCUGUCAUUGCCGUUGAGGGACCGAAGCCAAGAAUAUUGAAGCAGGUUGGCUUACUGGUUGAGCGAGCGCUUUCGACUUCUAGCGAAGUCGCACUCAAGACAUGGGGGCAGAUGGCGGAAGACGAUGUCAGCAGCAACGGAAGUGGCUCACAGAACAACGAAGAGCCUCCAGACCCCAAGGCCAGCCUCGUAUCAUGUUUCGAAACGAUGAUUCAAUGGCACCAGAAAUCACGAGAGAUGGUAAAGCACAUUACCACCCAACCCGAGUCAUUGCGUGGUUCACAGUGGGAGAGGGAUUCAGAUUCACCGAUUUCCCGACGUGGUUCUAUUGAAGAAGAUAACACCUCCCGAUCAUCGCGGGAUGACAACGGGAGUUCAAAGAUACCGGUUGCCCUUAUUAAGGAAGGAUUCAGCCUUACUCAUUCAGACUCAUUCGCCUGCACGAUACCCAUUGCGGACGCCUAUGCACCGAUCGACCAUUGGCAGUGGAUGGCCACUCUCUGGCGCGGUACCAUCAAUCCUGACCUUGUUGUCUACGUGAAACCAAGUCUAGAGGACGAGAUCGCGAAGUGCGGAACGGUCGAUUCCUACAAGGGGCUUAUGGUUGUCCGUGUUGCAGUGGGUAAAGACUUGGACGAUGCAACCGAACGACGAAUUGUUUUUGAAGUCAUUGAAUGGGUACGGGGAGGGAGCUUCAGAGAGAAAGCGGACAAGACGCGAUGAGAUGAUGGAAAUACCAUAAAUCCUUUUUCUCUUUUGGAAGUGGGCGAUGAAAAGGAUAUUGUCAAGAUUACACCUGGAUCUGAGGAAACUUUUUACAACACAGCAUAUCUGGUGGGUUGUUUAUUUGGAGGAAACAUGUGUUGGUUCAGUUGAUAUCACAUUCCUGUUAACAGGAGUAAACAUGUAAAGUUUAGUAGGUAGGAGUCCAUGGCGUCAAUACUCUCAAAUCUGUUUGUUUGUUUACAUAUAUUUCCAAUGAUGAGCGUAGUUUGAGC